AUGAAGACGCUUUUAUUGAAACGCGUGUUGUUAGACGAACGGGUGCAGCAGAUAAAAGAAGCAACACAAGUACUAAUAGCGACCGAGUACGACGGUGUGAAAGUGAGCGUCAACCUACAAAGGGUGGAUGACCUCUGGGAGCGAUAUGAGCAGCUGCAGGAGCAGAUCGUAGAAAAGUGUGCUACGGAAGAUGAACGGAGCGAUUUAAUUUCGCACCAAGCGACGUUUGAAGAAACGAUUGUGGCGGUAAAAACAGCUUUACUAACUGUUCAAAAUCGUUUUAGCUCACCGCUACAUGGUGCUCCAAACGGCGUACAAAAUGGUGCGGACGCCAUUCAAUUAUUGGCUGAGCAGCAAGCUGAGUUUUUACGCGUGGUUUCCACCACAUUUCAACCACACGCAGAAUCGACUUCUGUCGGCAACAGUCUUCCACGGAUCGAUUUAAAGCUGCCUCGAAUGAACCUUCCGACGUUUGAUGGAGAUAUACUGAAAUGGGCUUCAUUUCAUGAUCUGUUCGACAGUGCGAUUCAUCGAAACGUAUCGCUACAAGAUAGCCAGAAACUAUACUUCCUCAAGACGAAUUUAUCAGGAGAAGCAGCUGCAUUGAUAUCACACCUUAAGAUCGAAGAUGGUAAUUACGAGCCUGCUUUAGAAAAGCUGAAACAACGGUAUAAUAAGCCACUGGAAGCUGCUGCUAAACAUAUCGAUCGCUUCUUAAACCAGACGCCAAUGAAUAGACCAUCCGCAGACGGCUUACGGCUGUUACAUGAUGUAUCGGAUGAGGUGAUACGCGCAUUGGGUGCAUUGCAACAGGACAGUCGAGACAUUUGGCUGAUACACAUACUAGUGAGCAAAUUAGAUUCGGAAACGAAGCAACUGUGGUGUCAAAAGCGAGCUGAGUGCAAUGAGGAUGAAUUGACGCUAGUAACAUUCAGCAACAUUCAAAAGUUGUGUGCUUACAAGGACCGUUAA